AUGGAUCAUCCAGCAACUUUGGCAUGGCCUGAUGGGCGUCAGGACCUCACCCUACAAAUUAAGAUUCAUCUGGGACUCUGGACCAACUGGUCUCAAGGCCGUGUGCUUGGUGCAACUUUGACGAUGGAUCGUCAACAAGCGAACUUCUUGAUUGCGUUCACAGCUUCUUUCGUGGUUUUCGUUGGCUCCCGAUUUUGGCGCAUAAUAUGUCUAGUGCUGCACCAGUCAUAUUCAACCUCGGAAGCCCGCGAUGCCCUGCACCACCAGCGCCAGGUUCUCUUGAGGAACUCGGGGUCGUCAGACUCAGGAGUGUUCAAGUUCAUUGCGUUGUUCCACGCAUGGCGUGGCUCGAACUUGCAAGCCAUUAUUCGAACAUCCCCAGCCUUGCUUCUAGCCAUAUUUUGCACCAUUGCUUUCACAAUUGCCGGCGGGUUUUCAUCCCAGAUCCAAUUUGGAAACGAUGAUAUCGGCAGUGCCGUGCUCAUCGACGGCACCAACUGCGGCAUUUUGAGUAACAUUACAUCUUUUCGUGACCAAGUUGCCCUUGAAAAAGUUGCCGCAAGACUUUUCGACACUGCCAAUAACUACGUCCAACAGUGUUACUCUGCAAACAGCACCGGCGUGACCGACUGUAAACAUUUUGCCUCACAGCGUUUACCCGGUUUCAUGGAAAACAUGGCGCCGUGUCCUUUCAAGGAUUCGCUUUGUCGCAGCAACUCCACCAACCUCUACUUGGACACCGGGUUCCUUGAUUCCCAUGCUGACCUCGGCUCGAACGCACCGCCCAAUGAGAGAAUGUUUCUCAGACACAAGCUUCAAUGUGCUCCUCUUUUGACUAAGGGGCGCGUAUCAGUACACAGGAAUUACACGCGGUAUAAUUACGGACCACAGUAUGCGGUCGUCGGUACAGCCUCGAACUUCUCCAAGGGGCAUCUUGACUACACCUACGAAGUUGAAAACAUAGAUGAUCAGUACGUUAUUAUGGAUAACAAGCUGAUGGCUGAGCAAUCGUAUAUGCUACGACCGCUUUUCGCCGGUACGGCCAACGGAAUACCUGGCGCUGAGCCAUCCAGUACUUUUGUGCCAGACGAUGAGCUCGGACGAGCGGAUGCUGAUAUUUUAAUCGUAUUCCUGUCCGGUCAUGGGGUCGUCUUCGGUGAACCGCUUGACGACGAUUGGUACCGAGCUACCGUGUCUUUUGCAACCGCGGCAAACAUAGACGAGGAAGAUUCCCUUUCGGUUUAUCGCACAAGUGAGGCCGCCUCGCCGCUGGGCUGUGCGUCUCAAUGGCAAUUUUGCAGCAGCAAUACGUCAGCAUGCGGUCCAAUGGCCAGCUAUUUUGAUGCUAUUUCUGGGGCUGCAGAAGCCUUUGGCGCUACGAACCUGGAAUCGACCGGUAAAGGAGCCGAAGCAACAGACCGACUGGACUGGCUGACAAUUGCAACGUACAUUGACGCCUUGAGUGAAGCCUCUAUGUUGCAGCACUUACAAGACAACGCGUUGCUAUCCAAACAAAAUCUCUUUGGUGGAUAUCAAGGUAGCGUCCCUGACAACCAGUGGCAACUUGAUGUCACCAACUGGUUUUCAAUAACCCUUGCCGCAAUGCAAACGAGUCUUCUCCAGACGACUUCUGGAUUCAUGAUCACAGAGGAAAACACGGCUGUUUUAAGACCUCAGACUGAGGCUGCGCGGAAAUUGUGUUCGAAUCAGGUAUGCAUCCUACAACUCAGCCGGUCGUUUUCAAAGCUGAUUGUUCCAAAGAAAAUCCGAACGACAAGAUACUCAUCCUUCAGUCUUUUCGGGCUCUUGUUCACAUACAUGCUCGGAGGCUUGAUCCUUACCAUUUCGUACUCACUCGAGCCUAUCCUAGCUUGUCUGCACCGGCGUCGCAAGUAUAGACAAUACGCCUAUCUGGAGUGGAUGACCAAUGAGACCCUUCAACUUCAUCGACUCGCCCAUGAAGGGAUGGACGACGCUACUGGGGGAUGGUCGCGCUGCGAAAGCUGGGUUCCCACCACGGCUCCUGGUGUUCUUUUGACCAGCCUUGACAUCAGUGACUUGAAACACCCGAAACUUCACUCGUCAAAAGAAAUCACGACACUGCCUAGCUUGGAUGUUACACAGACGACUUCACCUCCUUCCAACACAAUCAGUUCUGGGGGAACCGAUCUCGAACCAAGUCCCAGCAGCGUACAACAUCCUCAGCCGAGCUGCGACGGCACGAACUUUGUCACAAACAUUGAUCCCGAAACUCCCCAAAUUAGCCCUCCUCACACGCCACUUGAGGCCUUGAGUCAAGAUGUUGUACAUAAUUUUGAGCCUCCCUCGCCACUUGAGGAAACUCCGUGUCAGGAUACAUCUCAGAGCGACCGGCAGAUCAGACCAGUGCAAAAUCUGGUUUCCGGGAUCCCCGGUCGCGUGGGCUCCGCUCCACCACAAACCCACACAACCUUCACAAUCUUCCCAAAAAUCCCAAAUUCAACAAAAAACAGAGAGUACGAACAGGCUUUGAAGACAUUCAAGAUGGCUCGCGACCAGACAAAAUCAUACGAACCCUACGAGCCAUUACUUCAUGCCUCAUACUUGUACGAGAUUGGGUGUCUUCAGUUUGACUUGAAGCAGUUCGAAGAUGCCAGGACGACCUUCAGAACUUGUUUGGACAUACAUACUUUGUACGACAUCGCGCCAUCUGAGCAGGCGAGGGUUAUUUACAUGCUUUCUCGUGGGCUGCAAGAGUCAAGUGAUCGAGAUGAAAUAGACAAGGCACCAAAUCUUCUCGUCAUAGCUGAAGAGAUCAGGAAAGAAUUUCUCGGGGAAGUCAAAUCGCAGUGUGUGUGUGAAUCCAGCCAAGCUGUAUACGACAAUCUGGUAGACAGCUUCUUCCGGUAA